CUGAGGGCUUUCUUCGGCGCAAUUGACUACCAAGUAUAGAUACAUGAGUUACCUCGUUGUCAAUUAUUUGGCAGACCAGACUUCAACGAGUCAUUCCAGCAAAGGAUGCAUCUCUACAGCCUCAUUCGAAUACUGCUGGUGGAGCUUGUCCUCGGUCUCGUCGUGGGCACGAACAUUCGCGCCAUCUACUUGUUCAAAGACGUCCUCAAAUCCAACACCACAGCCCUCACAACUUCCGGCUUCAAUUCGCUCAUUAUCUUUGGCGUCGGAAUCCUUGAAGAUGGCUCCAUCAUGUAUUAUUCGAACACGCCAGGAAGCGUCGACGUUAAAGUCGCCUCCGGUGGCGCCUACAUCGGCGGGACUGCCCUCGCCACAAAGAUGCAGUCACUCAAAGCCGCUGGCUCUUCUGUCACCCGCCUCGAGAUCUCCAUGAACAGUCAGCAUGUCAAAGACCUAAUGGCCAAGCCUGGACCCAGCGCCGACACGCCGCUCUACAAGAACUUCGCCGCGCUCAAGACAGCCUGGGGCCUCGACGCCGUCAACAACGAUGACGAGAGCCUCUACGACGUCACCAGCACUGUCACCUUCGCGAAGAUGCUGGGCAAGAUCGGUUACCGGUACACGGGCGCGCCGUACACGAACACGGGCUUCUGGAAGUCUCUCAUCGCGCAAUCAAACGCAGGGCUUGCGGAACCGGACCUCCUUUUCGACCGCGCGUAUCUGCAGUGCUAUGACGGUGGCGCGGGCAACGAUCCCAGCGCAUGGGCGAAUAACUUGGGGCUCAAGGUUGUGCCGCUGGUGUGGGUGACGAAUGACUCAAAGCCGAGCUAUGGGACGACGGCUGCGGCGGCGAAGACGAAGUUUCAAGGGUGGAAAGCGAAGGGUGGUGUCGUGGGGGGUGGGUAUUGGAAUGAUUACGAUAUUGAGAAGAUGGGAUUAAGUUACAAGGGAUAUGGUGAUGCGUUGGCCAGCACCGCUCCUCCCCCUUCUACAUUGCCCCGUCCGCCACAACCGCAAUCAUGGCACCCCUCGAUGUCUCUUACACCAACAUCGAGCGCAACAAUGGCGGCCGUAGCUGGAGCAUGGAGUCCACCACCAGCGCCCAAGCAGUUGAAGCGCUCACGCGCCCGCACCACCGACACCCUUCCUGAGUCAUCCUGGGCCGAGACAAACCGCUCGCACGGCGUAACGACAAAGCCGCAAAUGGAUUCAAUCGAAUCGGCAAUGCAGUAA